GAACGAACCAAACCCACCACCCCUCGCUUAGGUUGUAGCAGAGGCCAGCCAGAGUACAUUUGCUGAACGGAACCGUGGUUCAGAGCGACCGUAGCACGGAAAGAUCUCGCAUCGCAGAAGGCGUCGGAAAUUGAAGCACUCCUUACACCGAGUAGUUGCACCUGUUGAUCGUCGGUUAAUAUCCGAAGUAAUCCAAUCCACAGCCACACCAUGUUUACCGCACUGUUGGACGCUGCCCGUAACUCGCCAUUCAAAACGCCGUUCACGAAGGCACAAUGCGAUGCCGGUACCGUUGCUCCGGUAAAAGGCCGCUCGAUUGCUGCGGCUUCCACCGAUGAGGUUGAGUUCGGUUCGACCAAAUUCUUCGUGCUGUGCGGUCUCGGUGGUAUCAUCUCCUGCGGCUCCACGCACACGUUCGUUGUGCCGCUCGAUCUGGUCAAGUGUCGGUUGCAGGUCGACCAGGCCAAGUACAAGAAUGUGUUCCAUGGCUUCAAACUGACGCUUGCCGAGGAUGGUUCCCGUGGUCUGGUGAAGGGAUGGGCACCGACGUUCUUCGGCUACUCGGCACAGGGUGCAUUCAAGUUCGGCCUGUAUGAGGUGUUCAAGGUGCAGUACGCCAACAUGCUGGGUGAGGAGAAUGCCUACCUCUACCGCACGUGGCUGUACCUGGGAGCAUCGGCAUCGGCCGAAUUCUUCGCCGACAUGGCGCUCUCUCCGUUCGAGGCUGCCAAGGUCAAGAUCCAAACCAUGCCAGGAUACGCCAACACGAUGCGUGAAGCUAUGCCCAAGAUGAUGGGCGAGGAGGGUAUUAUGGCGUUCUACAAGGGUUUGGUCCCACUCUGGUGCCGUCAGAUCCCAUACACCAUGAUGAAGUUCGCCUGCUUUGAAAAGACCGUUGAACUGCUCUAUGCCUAUGUUGUACCGAAGCCACGUGACCAGUGCUCGAAGGGUGAGCAGCUGAUUGUGACGUUCGCUGCCGGUUACAUUGCCGGUGUGUUCUGUGCCAUCGUUUCCCAUCCGGCCGAUGUGGUUGUGUCGAAGCUGAACCAGGCCAAGGGAUCGUCCGCAUUCGAUGUGGCCAAGCAGCUUGGCUUUAUGGGCAUGUGGAACGGUCUGAUGCCGCGUAUCAUCAUGAUCGGUACGCUUACCGCCCUGCAGUGGUUCAUCUAUGAUGGUGUGAAGGUUGCUCUCUCGAUCCCUCGCCCGCCACCCCCAGAGAUGCCGGAGUCGCUGAAAAAGAAGCUUGGAGUGCAGUAAAAAAAAAAACAACACCCACCCAUCCACCUUGUUAUCCCAACCCUACGUGUCCCAACGUGUCAUUCUGCCAUCUUCCUCGUUCCCGAAAUUCGUACUUUAAUAUCUUCUGUUAAGGAUGAAUAUCUUCACAUUCAGCUCAAUUUCAAUGCACGAAUGCUUCAAAUGCCAAUAAUUUUAAGAAAAACAGUACACGAGCGUCUGCUUGCCACGUCGUCCACCGUUCGCUUCGCUAUGCGGAAGUUAUUAGAUAAGCAGAGAACACAAAAUCUAACAACAAACAGUGUGGUGGCAUAUUAAAUUCCAGUAUUGCAUCGUGUGCAAAUUGAAAUUCGUAACGAAGAACGCGCUAGCCGGUGCGGGCUUACUUACUGUUGGCAUGACCGCCCCAUCCUAGCCGGGUGUUGGCAUGCUGUGGCGAGGGAAGAUAUCCAAAGAAGUGAAUCAUACACACAAUCACACUCACACACCAAAGUCGUUGAAUAAAUUGAAAUUUAGACGGUACACAAAA